ACUAGAAAUGAAAGAGAGGUUGCAGGGUAAUUGCAUCAUGGCUGCCAAGUUAAGCAGUCUUCCAAGUGGCAAAGUGUUUCUUCAAAUGCUUAGUUGCGGAAUUGAAGACACGGCUCCAAGUCUAUUUUUGUUUACAGACAGUAAAAGAUAUUUAUUCAAUUGUGGUGAAGGCAUCCAAAGGUUGUUCACAGAACAUAAAUUUAAAGUAGGAAAGCUUGGUACACUUUUUGUGACACAAAAUAAAUGGAGCCAUCUUGGAGGGUUUCUGGGACUCUCCAUGACACUUAGAGAUAUUGGAAGAGAGAACAUCAACAUAUAUGGCCCUUCAGGUUUGCAGAAAGUCAUACAUGGUGCUAGAUAUUUCUUGAAUAAGGAUAAUGUUGACUUCAAAGUGACAGAAUAUUCACAUGAAAACACUGAAACUUUUGAAGAUGAUGAAAUCACAAUUAAGCCUGUCACCAUUUACCCAGAGAAGAACAAAGAUAGGGCAUGCAGUCAUUGGGAUACCAAGUCAAGUGGAGAUGAUAAUGAUGCUAUACAUUCCUUUGUUAUUAAGCCAUCGCUUCUUAACCCGGUUGUCUGUUACAUUGCAAAGCUUAGAGACUAUCCAGGAAAGUUGUUACCAAAAGUAGCUGUUAAGCUUGGUGUACCAAAAGGACCAAUGUUUAGACAGCUGAAAGAUGGGCAAAGUGUUACACUGCCAAGUGGUAAAAUUGUAACUCCAGACGAGGUUAUGGAAGCUCCUAUCCCAGGGCCAGCAUUCCUGAUAAUUGACUGUCCUGCUAGGAAAUACAUUCCAGCAAUCGCAAAGAGCAAAAGUUUUGAAAAAUGUCAGGUUGAAGGCAGUAGCAAAGUGACUAUGGUGGUGCAUAUGGCAGAGAAAGAAGUCAUAAAUGACCAACUGUAUCAGCAAUGGAUGGCAAGGUUUGAUGAGAACACGUAUCACUGCAUCCUAGACAAAAAAGAGCUAAGCAAGUGUCCGUCUGUUUAUUCAACACAGUUCGCAAUGCAAUGUCAGUUGAAUCAAGUCGAUGCAAACAUAUUUCCUUUAAUAGAACAGUGGAGAAAUUCAAAUAGCACUGGUGAGGAUAGUGAAGCUUCUGGUAACAGUAAAAACUUUGGCAUUUAUACGUGCAAAAACCUCUCAAAAUUUAACCUUCGCCCGCAAAGCACUCUUGGAAUAGACCCUUCGGACGAAUUAAAAGCUAUAGAUACGAAGUCAAUUAUACAGGAGGCGAAAUCAGCCUUAUGGGUUGCAGGUUACUAUAAUCGCGAUAACUUUGAUGCUGGAAAUGGUUCUUUUGGCAUUGGUGUAGAAACCAUCGAUGCUGAAAACAGGAAUAUGAAAGAAAAUAUUCACUCGAAACGAGAAAGAGACACUGACGAGAAAAUUUCGGAGGAAAGUAAUGUUGACUGCCCGGCUGCGAAAAUCUGCAAAUGUACUCCAGAGGAUAAUGACUUUCCCUCGAAAAAUAACGAUCAUACCAGGACAGAUAGUUGUCACGAAAGUAAUUGUUCACGGAUAAACCAUAAUUGUAAAUUUCCCAAAAUAGUGAUGCUAGGGACUGGCUCUUCCAUGCCAUCAAAGUAUAGGAAUGUGUCCUCCAUCCUUAUUAACGCAAGUCAACACACAUCUAUGCUGCUCGAUUGCGGAGAAGGCUCUUAUGGUCAAAUGAAAAACCAUUUUGGAAGAGAAGCAGAAGAGAUAUUGAAGAAAUUGCAGUUUGUCUUUAUAUCUCAUCUUCACGCAGACCACCAUUUGGGUCUGAUAAGAAUUUUGAAGCUUCGCUGGAAAAUAAUGGCAAAGGAUGGUGUCCCAUAUACUCCGCCAAUAAUAGCAGGUCCAAGGAAGCUGUCCAUUUGGCUUCAAGAGUAUUCAUCUACCUGUGAAAGUCUGAGAUAUCGAUUUGUUGACUGCAAGAGACUAGCCUGGCAGGUUUCACCAAGCGCCCUGUCAAAGGAGAUCGCUGAAUUCACCAAAGUUAUGAUCGUGCCUGUUGAGCACAACACUGAGGCGUAUGGAAUUGCAAUUACACACAAAGAUGGCUGGAAGAUCACUUACUCAGGAGACACUGUUCCUUGCGAAAGUUUGGUAUACGCAGGAAAAGACUCGACAUUGCUGAUACACGAAGCGACAUUUGAAGAUGGCAUGGAAGAAGAUGCCAAAGAUAAGCACCACAGCACUUGUGGACAAGCUUUAAAUGUAGCAGAGAAAAUGAAAGCGAGAAACGUCCUCUUGACACAUUUCAGUCAGCGGUAUUCAAAAUUACCAGUCAUGAAGAACGAAACACCAGUGGCUGUUGCAUUCGACCAUAUGGAGAUUCAUCCAGAUGAGAUACCAGAGGUUUCAAAGUUGCUGCCCAAAUUGCAAGUGUUAUUUUUGAAUGAAGACAAAAGGUAGCCUGGACUUUUGCAUAGCACUCCAGCAAUUGUCUAGCUCGAUUGCACUUUAAUCUAUCCAAUGUAUUUAUGUUUCUAUGAAGAAUGAUUUUAAAUUGCAAGAUUAGGAUAACUUCAUUGAGUGUUGCUUCUGUGAGAUAUACUGUCAAAGCCUUUAAUAAUGCUUUAAAGCCCAUCUUCAAAGGCGUAGCAAAAUGAACUGAUUUUUUAGAAAUUACUUAACACAAGUGUACAUUUUCUGCAAAGAAAAGCCUCACGUGAAAGCCUUAGUUUUUUGUUUACUGAACCAUAAUUAUACCAAAACAACUGUUGUCAGGGAUAUGUACCUUUUACAUAAACUUAAUGCAAGUUGUUCUGAUUGAGUUGUUCAUUGCGAUGAGAUUAAUGACGUAGAGAUUUUUCAUGAAUAAUGAAACACGCCACCACCUAACGUGAUGAUGGAAUGAGAUUACUCAUGCAUAUUCUUCUUGUUUAUUCAUUAUUUCAUCAAUUGAGCAAUACCGAUAGUUGCUCAAGAAAUUAACCACAAUGUUUAGAAGAAUCCUUUUGCAGCCACGAAUCGGGUUUUCAACACAAGGUAAAAUUAAACCCUAAGGUGCUAACUCUUUACAAGUUGUUUUCACUAAAAACGUUCUAAUAAAACAUUAUUUCAACUUAAAAAGACCUAUAUUUUCUUUUGAAGUGCAGGAAAAGGAUCAGAAAAAUUAUUUAUUACCCUAUUGACAGAAAUUGGAUUUUUCACAAAAAGUAAGGCUAUAGACUUGGCAAAACUGCCAACUUUUUGUAAAUUUUUUUACACUCAAAAACGUUAUAAUAUACGUUAAUUCAACUUAAAAAAAC